CCACUCGCCUCCGCGAUAACCCCCGAGCGCGAGCAAGCCAAGACCACAAACACAGGAAGCGCGCAGAAGAGGCUGAGGCGCAGAGCUCUCGGCCAUGGAGGUGGCCGCUCGCCCCCUUCCCCUCCUCUCCACUGCACCCGCCCACCGCCUCCGCCUCCUCCUCCUCCCUCCUCGCCCCGUCUCCGGCCGCCGCCUCCGCCCCUCCCCUGGACCCCGAGGUUUCGGCUGCGUGGGUGAUGGCUGGGGAGGAAGGCAUUCUGCUCGUAAGAAAGGAUUCAUCAUAAUAAGCAGCUCGUCAGGUUCAAGCAUUCAGUACUCAUCAGUAGAACCCGCAACUCAGGAAGUGGGCGCAGAGGGUUCUUCAGGGGAAUGGAGCGGGGAUGCCAUUCGCCGGAGGUUCCUUGAUUUCUAUGCUGCCCGUGGCCAUAAGAUCCUCCCCAGCUCGUCGCUUGUGCCUGACGAUCCGACUGUGUUCCUCACCAUCGCGGGGAUGCUUCAGUUCAAGCCUAUAUUUCUUGGCAAUGAACCUAGGCGUGUGCCAUGUGCCACUACCUCCCAGAAAUGCAUACGAACAAAUGAUAUUGAAAAUGUGGGACGCACUGCUCGACAUCAGACUUUCUUUGAGAUGCUUGGGAACUUCAGUUUUGGCGAUUACUUCAAGAAAGAAGCAACCGCAUGGGCAUGGGAGCUGGCAACCAAGGAAUAUGGAUUACCCACAGAAAGGCUGUGGAUUAGUGUUUUCGAAGAUGAUGAUGAAGCAUUCUUCAUUUGGCACAAUGAGGUUGGUGUACCAAAGGAGCGGAUAAAGAGGAUGGGUGCAGAUGAUAACUUUUGGACUAGUGGCGCAACUGGACCCUGUGGACCAUGCUCUGAAAUUUAUUAUGAUUUCUAUCCCGAGCGAGGAUCAUCAGAUGCGGAUUUAGGCGAUGAUAGUCGAUUCAUUGAAUUCUAUAAUCUUGUCUUUAUGCAAUACAACAAAAAGGAUGAUGGAUCCCUAGAACCACUGAAACAAAAGAACAUCGAUACAGGAAUGGGACUUGAGCGUAUGGCACGCAUUCUUCAAAAGGUUCCAAACAACUAUGAGACAGACUUGAUUUUCCCAAUUAUAGAAAAGGCAGGUAGCAUGGCGAUGGUGUCCUACGCUAAAGCUGAUGAUGCCACAAAGACAAAUCUUAAAAUAAUUGGAGAUCAUAUGAGAGCAGUUGUUUAUCUCAUAUCAGAUGGGGUCAUUCCCUCGAAUAUUGGGAGAGGAUAUGUUGUUCGAAGGCUUAUAAGAAGAGUAGUUCGGAUGGGUAGAUUGAUAGGUAUAAAAGGUGAUGGGCAUGGAAAUUCUGAAGGUGCAUUUUUACCUUCACUAGCCGAGGUAGUGAUCAGCCUUAGCACUGAGAUAGAUCCAGAUGUUGAAUCACGACGGAAAUCUAUUCUUGGAGAACUUCAAAGGGAAGAGCUGCGAUUUGUCCAGACUUUGGAAAGAGGUGAAAAGUUAUUGGAUGAACUUCUAGAUGAGGCGCUAUUAAGUGCUGGUAAUAAUGGAAAAAAGCCUUCCCUAUCUGGAAAAGAUGUUUUCCUUUUGUACGAUACAUAUGGUUUUCCAGUAGAGAUUACAGCUGAAAUAGCCGGUGAACGAGGUGUUACUGUUGAUAUGAAGGGAUUUGAUAUUGAAAUGGAAAACCAAAGGAAACAAUCUCAGGCUGCUCAUAAUGUAGUGAAGCUUUCUGUAGGAAAUGGGACCGAUAUAGUCAAGAGCAUCCCCGAUACUGAAUUUUUGGGAUAUGACUCUCUCUUUGCCACUGCUGUUGUUAAAGGUCUCUUGGUUAAUGGAGACCCAGUGAAUGAAGUUUUAGAAGGUUCUGAAGUAGAAAUAUUAUUAGAUCGGACGCCAUUCUAUGCUGAAUCAGGUGGUCAAGUUGGAGAUAAUGGUUUCUUAUAUGUGAAUGGAGGGGAAGAUGGAAAACAAAAGGCAGUCAUAGAAAUCAAAGACGUCCAAAAAUCUCUGGGAAAUAUAUUUGUGCACAAAGGCACAAUUAAGCUAGGGUCAGUAGAGGUUGGCAAGGAAAUCGAUGCUUCUGUUGAUACAAAAUUGAGGCAGGGUGCUAAGGCCCAUCAUACUGCAACACAUCUACUACAGUCCGCUCUUAAAAGUGUUGUUGGUUCAGAAACUUCACAGGCUGGUUCCCUUGUGGCUUUUGAUCGUCUCCGGUUUGACUUCAAUUUCCAUCGCCCCCUUUCUGAAGAGGAAUUACUGACAAUUGAAUCACUUGUAAACCAAUGGAUUGGCGCUGCAACACAACUUGAGACAAAAGUCAUGGCUUUGCAAGAUGCAAAAAUUGCUGGUGCCAUUGCUAUGUUUGGAGAAAAGUAUGGUGAACAGGUCAGAGUCGUUGAGGUCCCUGGGGUCUCGAUGGAACUUUGUGGUGGAACUCAUGUCAGUAAUACUGCUGAGAUUCGUGGUUUCAAGAUAAUCUCAGAACAGGGAAUAGCUUCUGGAAUCAGAAGGAUUGAGGCAGUUGCAGGUGAUGCAUUUGUUGAGUAUGUUUGUGCUCGCGACAACUAUAUGCGACACUUAUGCUCAUCCCUUAAGGUUAAAGCUGAAGAUGUGAAUGGCAGAGUAGAAACAAUUCUUGAAGAAUUAAGAACAACCAGAAAUGAAGUAUCAUCUCUACGCAGCAAAAUUGCAGUGCUCAAAGCAGCAUCUCUCGCAAGUAAAGCAACAACCGUUGCGCCCCAUAAUGUCAGGAUUAUGGUUGAGAACAUGGGUGAUGUGGAUGCCGAUGGGCUGAAAAGCGCCGCCGAGUAUCUAGUGGAAACCAUGCAAGACCCUGCUGCGGUGAUUUUGGGAUCAAGUCCAGGGGAUAGUAAAGUUAACUUGGUUGCUGCCUUCAGCCCUGGAGUUGUCAAAAUGGGGAUGCGGGCAGGGAACUUCGUGGGUGGCAUAGCCAAACUCUGCGGCGGAGGUGGUGGCGGUAAGCCUAACUUUGCGCAAGCUGGUGGGCGGAAGCCAGAAAACUUACCAGAUGCCCUUGAGAAGGCCCGAGCUGAAAUUGUUGCUGCAGUAUCAUCAGACUCCAGCUGAUUCUCUGCUCCAUACUUGAUAGCAUUAUACAGAUAGGAAAUGUAACAGACUAUUGCAAUUAGCAAGCAAGGAGAACAUUUUUGGACCCCUUCCUGGUAGUGUACGCUCUUGUGCAGAUGAAGGAACAAUUUUUGUUGGUUGUAAGUAGGCGGCAAACCAAGAUUUUUUUUUUUCAAUUUGUCAUACUGUAAAAGUACAGACUUAUCAGUCACACGAAUACACUAUCUCUUUUUUUUU